AUGUCAGUCCUACAAGGUAACAAUAUUAGUGGUUUUACUCAAAUUUCAUCAACACAUGAUUCUGUUCCAAAUCGACAUAUAUCAGACAAUUUUUCAUCAUCGCGUUCGUAUGCGCCUGAAUGUAAAUUCUUACUUUUUCUUUUUUUGCUUAUUGAAGAUCAUGCACAAACUACUUAUGUUACUCAACGUCGUCUAUGUGAACAAUUACGUGAAGAAGCCAAACGUGAACGCAUAAAGGUUUCAAUUGUUUGUAAAGACCUUGUUCGUUAUAUAACUGAUCAUCAAUCAAAUGAUGCACUCGUUGUUGGAUUUUCAUCACCAAAAGAUAAUCCUUUUCGAGAUAAACAACAAUGUUCAUUAAUUUGA